AUGGCUGAUUUGUGGAAGCUGCUUUCUCCCGUCGCUGAAAGGGAGACACUCACCAAAUUCGCACUCGAGGAAUUCAAGGGUCAUGUGCAAGACAAAGAUGGGUUGUCGAUAAUGGUCAUCGGAGUUGAUGCAGGUUCCUGGCUUCACACAGUCUGCACCCCUCAAUAUCUUCCAUUCAUGCAGUCCAGCGAGAACCCUGAGCUGCGCCGCACAUUGAUGUAUGCACUUGUUGCCCUGGCCAGUGCUCCUUUGCAUGCCCACUUUGUGUUCGGCGGAGCAGACCGUCCUCCAAUUUGGACGGCACCACCCUGGAUUGUAGGAUGUCUGCAAGAGCUGCUGCAGAUCUUCGGGUUUACUUGGUCAAUGGCCGACAACGAGGCUGAACGGGAGCUUGCUUCCUUAUCCAAAGCUAACAAAAUCUGUGCUGUACUGACUGAAGACAGCAAAACAUUUACGUUUGGUGCCAAGCGAGUCAUUCGACCUGCUGUCAAGAGUGGUAGUGAAAUCAGAGUCGACGUGUACCUGAACCCCACUACCCCUUCAUCUGAUGGUGACGAGCCUUGCGGCCCUUGUUUUACAUCAACCCAGCCGAACCUCGUACAUCUCGCUAGCUUUUGUAAGUCACGCCUAGGCUGGGAGUCCGAAAAAAUACAUGGCUACCUCCGGCGCAGGGUGUGGCAGGUGAUAUUCUUGCGUGCUUUUUGUCAGUUCCCUGCAAACGGACUUUGUGGGCCACCACCAAAGCCGUCUUUCUGCAUCAACCGGCAACUUGAGAUUGAUGGUGGUGUGUCGGCCUACAAUCUCACCAUCUUUGCCCCAUCUUUCGUCACGGCCAUCAACCAAGGCCUUCAAGCAGGAUGCAGCGACAUUUGUGGAUUCUCGAGUGUGCAUGAUGCUAGUCAGGCACCUGACCAUGCGGCCUGGUUUCAAGCCGAUGGAGGGUUCAAUGUUCCUACCAGGGUGUUAAAACGAACUGCGCCUGAACAGGUUCUUGACUUCUUGGACCAUGAAACACCUCCGUCACAUGUUCAGUCUCAAUCACGGUCCAUAUCUCCGACUGACUGGCAUCCUCGCCUGUCUGCGCAGUAUGCUCAGGUGUCUGAAUUAUUGUGGCCAAAGGAUGCAGCCAGUGCAGAAGGGAGCCGCACGAGCCACAUGAACUUGUAG